CUGUAUCGAAAUGCUGGGAAUAGUUUAUAAUACAUACAUAAAUGCAUAUUAUUAAGCGUAAUCAUAUUUCAAUUAAUAUGAAAUGUUAUAAAAUACAAACUGACAUAUGUAUAUGUAUUAUAUCAUAGCAAAAAAGCUUUUCAAAAACACCAAUAUACAUAUACAUAUGUAUGUAUGUAUGCAAGUUUUUGUACAAUUUUAUAUAUUAAGAAGAAGAACAUACAAAAGUUUUCAAAUACACAACUCAAAUCCGAUUCGAAAGCAAACUUAAAGCUGGGAUGGUGAAACAUAUAUUCGAAAAUAAACAUUUUCAUGCACAUACAUAUGUCUGUCUGUAUACAAAAUACGAAAACGAAUUGUGGCGGUUCUGUGAUACUCGACGCUUUUUAUGGGUAGCCGUAUUGAAAUCAUGCCGUUGACGACGUCGUUUACCGACGAACAACCCACUGCUAGCAGACAACGGCCAAAGUCAUUGUGGCGAGUUGGUUAUUCGAGUUCGUAAAUUCAGUUUUUCAGUCAUUCUCGUUGGUUCGCUUGGUGCGGUUGGUUUUCGAAAUUUUCAUUACGACGGCGAUUACAGUGUCAAUACAAAAACAAAAAGAGUAGUAAAGAGACAAAUACAUAUACACAUACACAUAAGCAUGCAAAUUAAAAAUAUUGAAAAAUGCUUUGCUUACUACCAUAACGAUUCAAGUGAGAAUUGUCUGCGUUACUAAAACAAAAAUAAAAGAAGAUAUCAAUAACUACUUGUUACAAAGUGUAGUAUGUGAUUUGGUUCUCAAAAAACACACAAAAUGCUGGUAUGACGCAAAAUUAGAAAUUCCGUUGCUGCAGAAUUUGCUAUUUGACAUUUCGAUAGUUAUUAACGUUGUAUGUCGUCGUUGCCUAUUUACUGUUCUCAUUGUUGUUGCUGGCAAAAGCUAAAGCUGUGAAUUGGAAUCCCUUAAAUCGGUUCAACAGUAUACCGGUCGGUGCGGUGCGGUGCGGUGGCUGACAAUAGUUUUAUUCUGCUAUUGCUAUUUGGAUUUGGAGCACAGCGUCUUGCCACUACGACUGUGUUUGGAGAAGCCAUUUCUCCUUUACUUACAUUACAGCGUUUAUACACAAUUCUUGGUUGUGUUUGUUAUUUCAGUAUUGAAAUUUUUUUAUAAAAAAUUUAAAUUGAGAGCGUUCGUUUAACACCGACCGACAGAACCUACCGCCAUUCGCUAUAGUACGUGCUUUCAUAAAUUGUUUACGCUCUCGCAAGUUUGUCAUUUCUGCUCCAUCACCGUUCUUAGGGACAGAGCAUUCAAAACGUGGAAGCGUAGGGAAGCAAAUAGUUGCGGCAUUGGGAUGAUGUUGCUGCCGGUGCACAACACAACCCUCUGUUCGCUUUCGGUUCAAUAUUAAAGGAGGCUCAUAAAUGCUUAUGCCAAGACUGCAAUAUCAUCUUAACGGUUAUAAUCCAGAGAUGAGCAUAACACUAAGCAUGCAACACCAACAACAACACAUUAAUCAAUUAUUGAAUACAGCAGCUACCGCCACUGGCAUUGUAGGCGAUGUGGAUGCUUUGCUUACACCCAUACAGAACAGCAACACAAUGCCGGUACGUGCAGAACACUCACGGGAGCGCAAUCUCUGGCGCACCAAUGAAAUCAUGGAAAUGCUGAUCAUUAUGCAGGAAAUAAAAGCGCUGGAAAUGCUUAGCGUGAAAACUAUAAAGAGUGAUAUGGUGUUUCGUAAAGUGGAGCGGAUAAUGCAUUUACGCGGCUUCCGAAAAAAAUCGCACGUACAAAUUUGGACCAAGUGGAAAUUUCUCAAAUCGACUUAUACGACUUCUCGUCGUAAUGGCAUAAUACCGAAAAUGAUACCGCAACCGAUCUAUGAGGAAUUGCACAAAAUGUUGCAGAAUGUCAAUAGCAACUGUUCAGGGCGUUCAACCAGUGACUGUGGAAACUCUGCUACAUCACUCGAUGGUGAUGAUUCCAAUGGCGCCACAGCAAAUAAUUGUAGUAAUGAUAAUGAAAACAAAUUGGUUAUAUCUGGAGUUGAAGGGGGCUAUGGUGUGGGAAGUAAAAAAUCAUUGAACGGUUGUGUUGCUGGUCCCGAAUCAGAUGAGGAGAAUGGUUUGGCACACCCCAUAUUUGGUUUUCGUUUGGGGCUCGUUAAGCAAGAACCGGCUGAUACAGGUUAUGAAUGUUCAAAUAUUAAAGAGAAGGAUACAACGGACAACAUACAGUUCCAAACAGAAGUUAAGCAAGAAGUAACAGAGCCUGACGAUCCACCGUCAGCAUCUACAUCACCAUCUAGGCACGUAUCCGGCGAUGAGCAACUACAGCAGCAGCCACUACGGCAAUCUCUACCAGAAAUAAUGAUACUCACACCCACCACCAACACAACCACUACCAUAUCAACACCAAAAGCUACCAGCACACCUAAGUCCAACAUUAGCGUGUCCCAAACACAGCCAGGAGCUGAAAACCCAACUCUUUCUACACCACCACCAUUACCACCGCUACGCAUAGCUCGCUUCGCUAAGAUACCACCUAGUGAGAUCACAACGGCCGAUUCCAAUAUAAAUUUGCCACCACCACCACUUACCAUGAAUCCAACAUCACAAACAUUACGACUUAGGCACUAUAAUAGUGGCACAUAUACCGUUAAUGGCAAAGGCAACUCCAACACCAACAUUUUAACAUAUACUAGAAAAUUUGCCACUAUCAAUCCACAGGCAGUUACGAUCACCACCCCAGGGCAUCAAACUACAGUGCACCCGUAUAUACGCCCACAAGAAGUUGUAGUGCCCGACUUACAUGUAACAGCAGCGCCACAUGAACACCGAGCACCGCAACCAUUUUACGGCUUCCCAGACGGACCGUCAACCAGUCAACAGGCACAGCAACAACAAGUACAAGAGAUUGAAGCACGAAAGCGGCGUUUAAAGGCAUCACUUCUGAACGCAAUGCCGCCAAAACGGAUGCCACGCGCACCUGAAACGCUUACGAAACCCACAUCGCGACAAGCUAAAUCGGAAUUUAAUAGUGAAAUCAACGACGAUGGACUUAACGACAGCCCAAAUGAGGAUGAUUAUAUACAUCAAGAGCCUCCGCAACAGGGAGGAGCUCAGGCGUCACCAGAAAACACCGAGCGCAACUCGAGCUAUCCGAAAGUAUUGCAAGAUAUGGCCAUUUCGCUACGUCAAAUGCAACGAGAGGCAAUAAACGAAUUUUUCAAGCAUCAAAUGAAACUGGCCCGUGAGGAACACGAAUUCCAGAUGCGCCAGGACGCGCUAUUAAUGCAAGCAUUCAAAGAACAAGCUCAGCAGUUUCAACUAAUGAGCAAAGAACUAAUGGGCAGCUCUGUAAAGUUGGAAAAGCGUAAAAAACGACUGGAGAAACAGGCGCAGAAGCAGUUUACAAAUAAUAAAAAAAUGCACACACGACAAAUGCAAGAUCGUACUGGAGGAAAUGCAAAGGUUUUACUCAACGGAGUUAAUAAGCCCAAAGUAGAACAUAAAGAAGUAUUAGAAGAGAGUAAAAAAGAAGUUAAAGUAUUGAUGAGAAAUAUACACGCACAACUGGAGUUGACGGAGGACGAGGUUGACGACGAUGAACAGAAUCAAUAUGAAUAUGAUGUUAGUGCAUAUCUACAAGAUAAUAGUACUGGUAGUUUGAUGCAAAAAUCGGCGCUAACGCCAGAACCGCCCGGAGAUAUAGAAUGCAGCGAAGAAAAUAAUAUUACAUCCGAUCCUGUACAAAUACUUGGUUAAUAGAAUUGAAGUAGAAAUAUUCAUAUAAGUUAAACAUAAAAUAAUAGUUAAGUGCAACGCACAUUCCAGCGUGAAAACGUAUAUACGUAUUCCCUAAAUCAAAGAUAUUAGAGGUAAUAAAACUAUAAAGCUAGACUUUGGUGCCUCCUAAUAUUUUUGUGCAUAACAUGUGAUCAAACAUUACAUUAAUUUAGUAAAUUCAAUAUGACUUUAUAUAAAUAUUGAAUUUUCAAUAUAAACAAAAAAAUAAUUGCGCAACAUUCCAAAGCCGCAUGAAGACUUGAUAAUAUAAGCAUAAAAUAACUUUAUUUUAGAUGAACUUUAAGUUAAACUCCUAAAAAUUAAAAUAUUUUAUCCUUAAUGCUACAGCUUGAAAAACUUUUAUUCGAAAAUCUAUUUAUGUUUCAUAAAUUACAUUUUCUGAAUUGUUAAAAAUGGUAUGUUUGAAAGUAAAUAUGUAAAUAAAAAACGAAUUUUAUUUAUUUGUUAAACAAAGUUUUGAAGUGUUCUGCCAAUGGGUGAUCGCUAUCACAAAAAAAAAAUUAAUGCCUAGGUCGAGUGACAGCCGUACACCAUUUCAACAACAUUAAUAACUUCUUAGUUAACUUUUUUGUAAUGGUAAAAAUAUUUGCAGCUUUCAAAAUAUAUUUUACUUUUGCCUAAGCGAAAUGCCAGAAUUAGACGAGAGAUUGGACACUUCCGUGUUUAAAAUCUUUCUUUUACAAAGUAAAGCAUUCCCCGAAAUCAAAGUAUAUCAUCGAUUAAUUACUAAAAAGCGCACCAGAGAUUUCUGUUAAAGUUGCUGAUUAAACGCAUUAUUGAGUCCUUGUGAUGAUUAAUCUCUUUCUUACGCAUUCUUCUUACAAUUUCUUGAAGAUUAAAAUUUCAAAUGUUUUAUCCACAACUCAAAGUACACUGUAAGAAGUGAGAUCCAACUAAUUGUUACGCGGUAAAACAAAAACUUCCUUAAUUUAUUUUAAAUAUACAAUCUUUAUUAGCAUUUUUUUAAAUAAAUGUAAGUGACUUAAUUCUAGGCGAAUACAAUCUUCUCAUUUAAGCAUAUAAUUUCAAUUAAUAUUAGUUGUUUUCAUUAAAUUCUUGUAAAUUAAAAAUUAAAUUAAAAAUGUUUUAUUAUACUUUUCAUCACAUUUAAUAAUUCAUUCAUUAGAAAUUAUUUUGCUAUAUUUUUCUAAGUGACCAUAGCAACAUACGCAUAAGAUAAUAGAUAUACAAUUAUCUGUGUAUGCACGAAAGCAAGAAACAGGUAAAUUAAAGCAACCCCAAAAUAUUAUUUAAACCGUUUGCAAUAGAAUUUUAUCAUGCUCUUCCUUAUACAUUUCCAUUCAUAAUAACUCUACAUUUAUCGUUGCGCACAGAUGACAAAUCAAUAUUUUUUUUACCGUUUGUGUAUUAGUUAUAAUCGAGUGUAUAUAUGUAAUACAUAUAAGUUCAUAUAUACAAACUAAUAGUUUCGAUUUUUUUUUAAUUAGUAUUUAGAGUUGUAUUGGUCUUCCCAAUGGUUAUUCUAAUAAAAAAUCAUUU